CCAGAGCUAGCUGCUUGCCUCUUCUACCCAAAGGGCAGGUAGCAAGGGGAAGCUUGAAGUGCUCCUUGGAAAAGUGCUGGAAGGAGCCAAGGCCCCAGGGCACAGGCAAAGUCCCUGGAGACAGCUGCCUGAAGUGGCCAGUGUCCAGCAGCUCCAGGAGGGCAGCCAGGAAAAUGGGGAGUCACGGCCUGGGCGUGCCAGGCCCUGCGCUCUUUUUGUUGCUGGUGCUGUGGCCUCCACUGAUGAAAGCCGGAAGUUUGCAGCACAACGUCAGGGGCUCCAGGGAUCUGCAUGGCCUCAGUCUGAGCAGGAGAACCCUCCUCAACCACUUCCAUCCAGAUGGGGCCAUGAUCCACCACCUCCGGGGCCACUAUCCCUUUAAGAGCCGGAUAAAAGAAACAACGCAUUCCUGCCAGAGCUCAUAUGACCUUUACUUCAUCUUGGAUAAGUCAGGCAGUGUGAACAACAACUGGAUGGACAUUUACAACCUUGUGGAAGAUUUGCUCAAGAAGUUCGAAAACCCGAACAUGCGGAUAUCCUUCAUCACCUACUCCACCGAGGGCCACACCGUCAUGAAACUCACCUCAGAUGUAAAUGAAAUACGUGAUGGUCUUAGUAGACUUCGGAAUACAGUGCCUACCGGAGCCACAAACAUGCAGGAAGGGUUUAAAAAGGCAAAUGAGCAGAUUAGACAAGCAAACUCUGGAGGAAACAAAGUUUCCUCCAUGAUUAUCUCUCUGACCGAUGGAACACUGAUGCCAGAGGCCUUUGAGGAGACUAAGUCCGAAGCCGCAAAGUCUCGGAAUAUGGGGUCAACUGUUUACGUCAUUGGUGUAAAAGACUAUAUGAAAGACCAGCUGUUGGAAAUUGCAGACAGUCCGCAACACGUACUUGGAGUGGAAUAUGGAUUUAAGGAACUAAAACACAUCGUGGAGCCACUCUUAAGUAAAUUAUGUAUUGAAAUUACAAGCGUGGAGCCUUCCAGUUUGUGUGCAGGAGAAGACUAUCAAGUGAUGAUUUCUGGAAAAGGAUUUAAUAAUGCCGUAAACCAGGAGGAAGUUAUUUGUAGAUUCCGCUUCAGCGAUAAUAAAUUCUUCGACAAAAAAGCCAACACUGUGGAUAAGAACACCAUAACAUGCCCAGGAGUAAUGAUAGAAAAACCAGAUAAGUUGGUCCACGUGGAAGUUAGCCUGAAUAAUGCCAUCAGCUUCAUUAAGAGCAAUGCUAACAUCACUGCCAAGACCUGUCCCUGCAGAGAGCCACCAAUGCAGAAAAUAAUUUUGGCGCCAGUGAAGAAAUGUGUACAGCCCUGCCCGGUGAUUGCCCCUUGUAAGUGCCGAGGAGGCAGGAUAAGACGGAUAGAGGCAGAGUAA